CAGUCUUUUGCCUGUGAUUCGCAACAUGGUGAUAAAGUAUCAAACGCAAACACUGUUAGCAGGCUUUAUCAUCAAACGUUUUCCUUAAUUGAUAGUACGAAUACUUCCUAGAAGUGAGCCCGAGCUACUUCAAAAUCCAAAAAGAUCAGUACCGACCUCACGCUCGGGAGCUUUGGAACUGUACUUGAAGGAUGUUCGAAACUUUCCCAGUUUGAUAAAACGUCCGGAAGUUGCUGAAUUUAUCUCCAUGAUUCAUCGACGAGUGCUGUGGGAGAACAGAAAAAAUUUAUUGCUCUGUGAUGCAGCCCCGUCAGAAAAUUUUGGCAUACGCCAUUGUCAGCCGCCUAAUAGUGAUAUUUCUCCAGUUGAUCUUCAACAGCAUCAUCCCAGACCACGAACCAGAGGUCUUCAGAACACCUCUAGAUCCCUAUGAGAACGUAUCAUUUUUGGACAAGGUCGUCUCCUUCCUCUUCGGUGGAUUGACUCGUUGGGACUCCGAAUAUUACAUCCACAUCGCAAAAUAUGGGUAUACAUACGAAAAUACACUGGCCUUUCCGCCCAUGUACCCGAUGACUGUCAGAGCGGUAGCAAAAAUUUUCAGGAAAACUUUCUUCUUGUUGAACUAUCACAGUGUCAUAACUCUCUCAGCGAUUGGCAUCAACUUCUUCUGUUUUCUUAAAUCAGCACUGGUACUGUACGACCUGACGUCCACCAUAUGGAAUCAGAAAUUUGGGUACAAAGUGGCCCUUUUAUACUGCGUUGGUCCAGCCUCCAUCUUCUUCACUGCAGCCUACACAGAAUCCAUGUUCGCGUACAUAACGUUUUUUGCUAUGCUCAAAUCAGUUCAGAAGAAUUAUUUCGUCAGUAUUCCCAUUGGAUUAUCUACACUAGUGAGAUCUAAUGGAUUACUCAACGUUGGCUUCCCCUUGUACGUCUGUUUACAAGAUAUCAUCGGUCAUGUUUCCAUGUCCCGGAGGAUAAAUUCUGAACAACAGUCGAAAUUUUUACUACAACUGUCUGCAUGGUCGAAGACCUUAUUGAAACUUUGUGCUACAAUUAUAUUGUCGUUUACACCAUUUUUAUUGCUACAGACUUACAAUUACACUUUGUACUGUACGCACAUUGGCAAUUCAACAUACAUGCCGCCACACGUGAGAGACUAUGGCGAAGUUAAUAGAUUUAUAAUGCCUGGUGGGGAUAUUCCACCCUGGUGUCACUAUCGAAUGCCCAUGUCCUAUUUUUACAUUCAAAACCACUACUGGAAUGUCGGCUUUAUGAAUUAUUACGAAUUGAAACAAAUUCCCAAUUUUGUGCUAGCAUUGCCGAUAAUGUACUUCAUGUUCAGGUUUAUUUAUAAGUACUUAUUAGAGAACUGGGCAGCAGUUGUGAGUAUGAAAGUAUUGACAUUAGACGUUCGGAAGCAUGGCGGUCUGAGAAAAGAUUAUCCUGCCAAGAUUUUUCCAUUUGUCGUUCAUGGAUUAUUUUUAACUUUGUUUUGUAUAUUUUAUGUACAUAUCCAAGUCAGUACAAGACUUCUUGCAUCUGCCAGUCCAAUUUUGUAUUGGUAUGCGGCAAUUAUAUUGACUAAUGAGGAACGCAACGAUUUGCAUUAUCAGCACGACGUCCGUUUAGGAUUCAAUAUAUUUUUCAGAACUCCAACUACACGGUCCAUCGAACCGAGAUUAGUCAUAGCAUAUUUUACGUCAUACAUCUUCGUUGGUACCAUCUUUUAUUCCAAUUUUCUGCCGUGGACGUGAAACGAAAUUUGUGUAACUUGAUUAUUUCAGUCGCUAAUCAUUUUUUAGUAAUUUUUACGACACACAUGUGGGUGAGAAUAUCAAAACAAAAGGCAGAUUAAUAGGAUUUUUUUAAUGACAAAUUGAAUCACAACAUGAUUUACUCAUAAAAUAAUUAAAUUCAUUCACAAUUUAUGUGUCAUUUACAAAAUUAUUAUUUGGUUCAUCCUAAUUUUGUAUGCAAUGAUUUGAAGAAUAAUUUAGUUCUUUUUAACUCGUAUUUUUCUGUAUCAUACGAAUUGACGAUUCUACGGAUUCUCAGUCCGUUUUAACUUUGAGUUAAUUGAAUAAAGUAACGUAUUCUAAUGAAAA